GCAUUUCACCUCAUCUAUAGUACACAGACCCCUGUUGCCACCACCACCACCACCACCACCACCCUCCCUCUGCACUCGAUCCGCAUCCGCAUCUACAUCUCCGUCAUGAGCGAACUCCCCGAGGCUGUGGAAAAGUAUUUCCAGGGAACUGCCACCGACGAGCAGGCCCUGGACAUCUAUCUCGACUCGACCAUCCGAGAGUUCCUGCACGGUGGCGACCCCAAAAUCCACGCCGCCAUCGUUCACUCCAGGGACAAGAUCCGCGACAUUUUUGGCAAGCACAAGCUGGACGAUACUCGCGAUGUCCAGGACUACAUUCACGACCUGCAGGCGAACGUGCUCGCCCAUGCCUUUCGUGCCGCCUCGCCUCGCAUGAUAGGCCAUAUGACUGCCUCGGCCCUGCCGUACUUUCAGCGUGGACUGGCUCGACUGAUCUGCGCAACGAACAACAACCUUGCCAACGUCGAGAACUCGACGACUCUCACUCUGCUGGAGCGCGAGACGCUCGGACUCUUGCACAGCCUGCUCUUUCACAAUGAAAGCCUUGACUAUCCCGAGAUCAUGCACGCACCCGAUCUCUGUCUCGGUGUCUUCACCUCUGGCGGAACAGUGGCCAACUUGACGGCCAUGUGGGUCGCUCGAAACAAUGCCCUGGGUCCGCGACCCGAUGCCGAGCCUCCUCUGGCGGGUGUGCAGACGGCCGGACUGGCUCGUGCGCUGAUCCAGCGCGGAUACGAGGGUGCAUGCAUCAUCGGCUCCGAGCGCAUGCACUACUCGUUCAAAAAGUCUGCCGAUAUUCUUGGACUCGGCACCGAAGGGCUGGUGCUAAUUCCGACCGACGAAAACUACCGAGUCAGAACUGAUCUCAUGGAACAGAAAAUUAUGGAGCUGAAGGAAAGCAACAUCAUGGUGAUUGCUGUUGUUGGCGUUGCCGGCACAACCGAAACGGGCUCGAUCGAUGAUCUCAACGCCGUCGCCGACCUGGCCCAGACCCACGGCAUCCACUUUCACGUCGAUGCCGCCUGGGGCGGGCCGAUGGUCUUUGCCCCCAAGUACUCGCAUCUCUUGGCAGGCAUCGAGCGCGGCGACUCCAUCACCAUCGACGGACACAAGCAGCUCUACACCCCCAAUGCCGUUGGCAUGCUGCUCUUCCGCAACCCCGAAGCCGCCGCCAACAUUCGCAACACCGCCAACUAUAUUGUGCGCGAGUCGUCCCCGGACCUUGGCCGGUACACCCUCGAGGGAUCGCGCCCGGCGACAUCACUCCAUGUGCAUGCCUCUCUGAGCCUGCUGGGGCCCCAGGGCAUCGGCGCCAUUGUCGAGCGAAGCUGCGACCUGACCAAGAAGAUGGCAAAGUACCUCAGCCAGCACCCAUCGCGCUGCUUUGAGGUGCUGCACCAGCCCAUGAGCAAUCUGCUCCUGUACCGGUUCGUGCCCAAGUUCCUGCACAAGCGCCGAGACGCCGGCGAGCUGACCGGCGAAGACCAAGCCGUCAUCAGCAAGCUCACGCGCGAGAUCCAAGAGCGACAGUCGCGGUCCGGCAAUGCGGGCUUUGUCAGCCGCACGUCGCUGUUCUACCAUGCUGCCCAGGGCCCUGUCGACGCUUUCCGUGUCGUCAUUGCCAACCCACUCACGGUGUGGCGUGACAUUGUUGAAUGUCUUGAAGAACAGCUUGUCAUGGGGCAAGAGCUGAUGCUGGAGAUGUAGUAGCAGUUGGAGAUGUAGCGGCAGCAGCCCCGGUAUCACGCGCGGGCCUUUGGGAUGCGGUAAGAAAAAGUUCAUGUACACAUGGGCAUCCUGGUAUUUGGCAGCAGCUUGACUCACAGAGUAGCAGUUCAGCCACAGGCGUAAUAAAUGCCAAUCGAUCGUC